AUGCGUGAGGGUGAUCGGUGGCAUCUUUAUGUUCCUUAUUACCUUGCUUUCACUCAGAGGGGUGAUACGGAUGAAGUACCACCUUGGUCAAACUUUAUAUACGAUAUAGAGAUCUAUAAAUGUAGUAAUGUGAAGAGUGAAACUGGUGAAGUGAUUGAUGCAUACCCGAAAACCUAUGCGAAACAGCUGUUACCCGAGCAGACAUCGAAAGCUUACUACGAAAACUUAUAGUUAUGAUAUCCAACGCUGGUGUCUUGGAAUGGGGGAUCGCUGAAUUCGGGAUAAUCUUCAGCUGAGUGUUCUCUUACAUUCAUCAAACGUAAUGGCUUGAUUCUUAUUAGUCAAUAUAUAUAUAUGAUCAUGUGUUUUUCAUAAUAGCUUUUGUACCUGAUUCUAUACUAACAAAUGAAGGGCACCAUUCCUCUUUGGAUGUAUAUCCUUUCAGCUUUUUUUCGCAUUUUAUCGCUUCCUUUCUCCUACUGUCAUUACUUUUGUUAAUCUAUGCAAAAAGAACCACUUAAAACCACUUUUUAUCGCGACAUAUUGGGAAUUUGUUCUUAGGUUCCAGUUCUAAUGAACGAGCAAUUCAAUAUAAUAAAUCAUUCGUAAUGUAUUUACCAAUAUCGCUCGCUGCAUCUACUUCGUUAAGUAAGUAACGUUCCAGUUGUAAUUAGGAGUUAGCGCUCCGUAUUUUUGGGAUAAAUAUAUCAAUAACUUUCUUGCUGUUGUUGUUACAGUGACUAAACGGUUGACCAGUUAUCAUUGCCAGAAGCCUGCCGAGCACAGAAGUAUUUAGUAGCACUGUUUAUGCGACUGUGAGGCAUCCUUCUUCAAUGAAUAUUUUGUGCUCUUACGUCUGAAGUCUAUUCAUCUAGCAUUCGAAAAGCUAUAUUAGCGGAAA